AUGUCUAACUUUGAUGAUCUCUUGAACCCUCGCUCUCUCGAAGACAACCCAUUCGCCGACUCGAACCCGUUCGCGCAGCCCACCACGCACGACGACGAUCCCUGGGCCAGUUCCGCGCCCUGGGGCUCUGCAUCCUCCAUCCCCUCGCACGACUCCCACGGCGGCGGAUUCGACGAGUUUAAUCAUCAUGCAUUUGCCGACGUACCCGCACGUGAGCGGGAAGAGAUGAUGGAGGAAGUGGAUGAUGAGGAAGAGGUGGUCAAGACGCCCGUUGCGGCGCCGAGAGAGUUGGAGGUCGAGCCGGCUGUGGACCCGCUUGAUGCGCCUUCUGCCAAUAUUCCGGAGGAGGAACCUACGCCUGCGCCAGUGCCUGCACCCCGUACACCUACGCCUCCAGCGCCGGCUAAAGCCGAAACGCCACUAUCGCCAGGAUUCCGCGAAGUCACAUCUUCACCUCCACCCACAAAUGAUGAAGAAGAGGAGAAGGCAAAGAAGGACGAGGAGGAAGUGGUGAUUGGCGCUGCCGAAGAAGAAGAGCGCCGGCGAGCCGAAGAGAAAGGCAAAGCCCCAGGCCGCGCAGAGGAUAGCCCACCCACGCGACCCGUCUCGCCUCCAUCCCCACUCGAAUCCACAACACCCAAAGACCUUUCCGUGCCAGCCAAAGACGAAGAGGAUGGCGCACCUCCAAGCGCACGGAUGCCCCAUCGGCAAACUCCGCCGUUGCCCGCGCAUCCGCCUACGCCUUCGCAAUCGCAGACUCUCGAUCCGCCCAGUCAGAGUCAGAGUAGCAGCAGCGUGUUCAGCCCGCUUGAUGGAGCUGGUGCACCCGUUGCCCCGUUCAAGGGCCUGAGUUUAGGCGGGAGUAACGAUGCGGGGAUUGGAGGGUGGGACGAUCCGUUCGCUAGGCCUUACCAGCCUGCUGUCCAGACGCCUGUGUCUGCCCAAGCCGAGGAGGAGGAAGAUGACGAUGAUGAUAAGCCGUUGCGUCCUCGACCUAUUGAGAAGACCACUAGCGAAACUUCGCUCUCUGGGAGUACCGACGACGUAGCAGCACUGCAGAACGGCGUGUCCGAACGCAAGGAUCAACCUCCCGUCUUCCAGAUUACAGUCUCGGACCCCCAAAAAGUCGGCGAUCCUAUACGCGGAUAUACUAUGUAUACGGUACAUACGAAGACGUCAAGUCCUCUCUUCGCAAAACCGAGCUUCUCAGUUCUCAGGCGAUACAGCGACUUCUUAUGGUUGUACGAGACGCUCGUGGCGAACAACCCAGGUGUCGUCGUGCCGCCUGUACCAGAGAAGAACACCUUCGGCCGGUUCGACGAAGAGUUCGUCCAAGCCCGCCGCCGCGGCCUAGAAAGCUGCGUAUGCAAGAUGGCGAACCACGAAGUCCUAUCAAGAGAUAAGGACUUGAAGCUCUUCCUGGAAAGCGACACGUUCUCGCUCGACAUCAAGCACCGUAAGGCGGAAGUGGCCAACUCGCAAGGAGGCGUGCUCAGCAGUAUCAGCUCUACGCUCGCUGGACCGCGGUUCGUCGAGAACGACGAGUGGUUCGACAGGCAGAAGAUGCACCUCGACACGCUCGAAACCCAACUCCGCGGCCUGAUCAAAGCCAUCGACUUCGUUGCGCGCCAACGAUCCGAGCUGGCAGCCCAAAACGCCCUCUUCGCACAAACCCUAACAGAUCUCUCAACAUCCGACAUCGGCGCCUCCCUCUCGCACUCCAUAGGCGCAUUAGCUGAAAUCGAAGCCCGAGCCGAAAAGCUCGAGGCUGCGCAGGCUAGUGCGGAUGCUACGUCCAUCAUGGCUGUUGCGGAGGAGUACGUGCGAUUGAUUGGUUCUGUGCGGAUGGCGUUCAAUGCGCGGAUAAGAGUGUAUCAUGCAUGGCAAGCCGCUGAGCAAGAGGCAAGGAGGGUACACCGCGAGCACGAGCGUAACCGCGCAGCAGGCCGCAUCGCACAAGACCGCAUCCCACACGCACUCAAUCUCGUCGCAGACGCCGACCGCCGCGCCCACGAAGCCCAAACGCACUUCCAGUCCGUCUCCCUCCUCGUCAAACGCGAAGCCGGCCGCUUCGAGCGCGAGCGCGUGGCCGAUUUCCGAGCGGGGCUCGAGAAGCUGCUCGAUGGGAUGAUCGUGAGGACGAGGGAGAGGAUUGCGAUGAGGGAGCAGGUGCAGGGGGUGCUGUUGAGUAAGGUUGAGAGGGUCGGGAAUGGAGGAGGGGGGCAGGGACAGCAGGUUGUUGGGAAUGUUAUGUGA